AUGUUCUCCUUGCAUAUUGUUCUGGUUGCGCAAGUCUUCGGAGUGGAGGUGCGGCCACACCAGGAGACGCUGCUUCACACGAACUUCGAGGCGUACCAGCAAAAGUAUGCCAAGGCAUACGAGAAGGGCAGCGUGGAGUACAACAAGCGCCUGGCUCUCUUUAGCAAAGCGGCAGUGGAGGCUGAGCGGUGGAACAGCCGUCCAGGCCGCUUGUGGACUGCUGGCACAGGCCCCCUAGCCGAUCGGACAGAGGAGGAGCUCGAGUCUCUGAGGGGAUGGUUCGGUGGAUCGCGGAAGGCAGGGCUUGGUCAACCCCCUGCAAAGCACCUGAGAUCCUCGCUGGCCCAGUUGAGCGCAGAUUCCCUGGACGACAGCCCGGAGGAAUUCCUGAACUGGACCAGUCUGCAUGCGCUGGCCGAUGUGCGAGACCAGGGGAGCUGUGGCUCCUGCUGGGCAGUGACCGCAGCCACGGUUUUGGACGCCCAUGCGGAAAUCUACAAGUCCGCUCAGCGGAGCUUCUCCACUCAGGAGCUGGUGUCCUGCGUCCCCAACGUCAAGAAGUGUGGGGGAUCAGGGAAAUGCAGCGGCGCCACUGUGGAGCUUGCCUUCCAAUACGCCGUGGAGCAUCCUGUGCAAACCGCCAGUGAGGUGCCCUAUGAGGGAACUGACGGCACUUGCGCCGGGGCAUCUCUGCUGCAGCGGCUCGCAGGCGACACCGACCUGGAUGUAGCAGCUGUGGGAUUCCAUGCUGCCAGCUCCGAUUCACCGGGCAUGAAGUACAUGAUCGGAUGGGAGCGCUUGCAGGAGAACGCCCAGGGCCCAUUGCUGCGGGCCAUCGUAGAGCGUGGUCCUGUGGCAGUUUCAGUGGAUGCCAGCAAGUGGAGCGCAUACGAGUCAGGAAUUUUUGACUCCUGCGACAAGGAUGCCGUCAUCAACCAUGCUGUGACCCUUAUCGGCUACGGUGUGGACAAGUCUUUGAAAGCAGGCUAUUUCCUGAUCCAAAAUUCCUGGGGUUCUUCCUGGGGUGAAGAUGGAAAGAUACGCCUCCUGAGGAGGGAUGAGGAUGAGAAAUGGUGUGGAACUGACCGUCAGCCGCAGGAGGGGACGGGCUGCGAAGGUGGGCCUAAGGAGGUGAAGGUCUGUGGGAUGUGCGGAAUUUUCUACGACAACGCGGUCCCUCACUUCCGCCAUUCGACGUAA